CACCGGUAACAGUACCACUGCCACGGCCAAACGCGACGCGCGUCUCUUUAUCAUCCAUAUUUUGAUCUUACCGUAUAAUGGUUUGAUGUUAUAAGUGCAAUAUGAAGAAUUUUAUUUUUAUCCUCGUCGUAUGCUGUGUUACACCACUAGUGUUGCCAGCUAAAUACAUUCUGCCGAAAUGGAAGAAACAGCCUCUAUAUAAGAAGAGUGUUCAGGCGUGCGAGCUGCCGGCUGUUCAGAGCGAACACAGUCACUACGUCUGUGAUGAUAAGGGGGAGCCGAAGUGUCUCCCUGGCUGGCAAGGAGACCUCUGUGAUGUACCGAUAUGCAAACGAGGCUGUGAUCCACUACAAGGUUAUUGCAAGCGUCCUGGCGAGUGUAGAUGCAAGCUAGGUUUUUACGGAGAGCGCUGUAAUAAAUGCAUACCACUCCCAGGAUGCCAGCAUGGCUACUGUAACGUCUCCUUCGAGUGCAUAUGCAGAGAAGGAUGGGACGGCAUAUUCUGUUCAGAACCAAUGUGUCGGUCUGAUUGUCAUGCUACCCGCGGUUUCUGUGAGACGCCUGGAGAGUGUCGCUGUAGACUCGGUUGGGCGGGACCGACAUGUCGAGCUUGCCAACCUUUACCCGGCUGUCAACAUGGCUAUUGUGACAAGCCACUAGAGUGUAAAUGCUUACCAGGAUACACCGGACUAUUGUGUCAAACCCCGAUUUGUGCUCCUGGAUGUCACGGGGAAAGAGGAUAUUGUCGUCGCCCUGGUGAAUGCCGCUGUAAAGUUGGUUGGACCGGGAAGAACUGCUCCCAGUGUCACAAAUACCCAGGCUGCGUCCACGGAACAUGUAGCAGGCCCUGGGAGUGCAAUUGCGAGAAAGGUUGGGGAGGCAUGCUUUGUGAUGAAGAGUUGAACUACUGUGAAAAGAAUCCCGAUACGUGCAAGAAUGGCGGGAAAUGUCAGUCUUUGGAAACCGGGGACGGUUCCUACAGGUGCCAUUGUCAGGAAGGCAUUAGCGGGAAGCACUGCGAAAUAUUGCCAGAAUCCAUGACCACGUCAAAUAACACAGAAGUGAUGGACACUGAUGAGAUUACAGAGAAACCUGAAUCAAUAUCCGUCGAAGAAACAACGACACCCAAAAUAGAAGAAGAUCUUAGUGAUGACAAUGAGACUGAAUGAUUUUAUUCAUAGGCAACAUGUAUUGUGAUAGAUUAUAAUAAUUUAUUUAAUUCAUCAUUUCAUAAUCACCGUUUCAUCAUCACACAUUAAGUUAAUAAAGUAUUCAUCAUCAUAUCUUCAUAAAGCUUUGGUUCAUUCAAGUGUCAAACAAUAAAAGGAAUUGUAAUGUUACAAUUAUGAAUAAAAAAUAAUAUAUUUAUAAGUAUGUAU